AUGGAGAUGAAUAACGAGCAUGCAAAAGAACAGCUACCAUUCACGUUGCGGAGAUUUCAUAUUUCUGAAGAGUAUGGCUUCCUUCUUCCAAAUCCGCUGAAAGAACUUCCUCCUUUCUAUAGUCCAUGGAUGGAGAUCGCCCACAAACUGCCUUCCCUGAUCGAGAGCCAUCAACUUCGCUCCCAUGUGAACAAGAUGCCUCUGCUAAGCAGCCAGUAUCUCCAAGGCCACCGGGAGUUGUCUUUGGCCCGCUUAGUCCUCACCUGCAUCACAAUGGGCUACGUUUGGCAAGAAGGUGAAAAAAGGAUCGCCAAGGUCUUGCCACAAAAUGUCGCCAUCCCCUUGGGAGAGAUCUCUCAGGCAUUAGGAUUGCCUCCUAUCCUGGUUCAUACAGAUUUAGUUUUGGUAAACUGGAAGAAAAAGAAUCCUUAUGGGCUUCUGGAAAUUGAGAAUCUGGAACCUGUCAUUUCCUUUCCCGGAGGAGCAAGCACCAGUGGCUUUAUCCUCGUCAGUUUCCUGGUUGAGAGAGUGGCUGCACCUGGGAUCAAGGCAAUGGCAAAAGCUGUUAAUGGCAUCCUCCAGCUAGAUAACAGGAUCCUGGAAGAAGCAUUACAAGAAAUGGCAAACACACUCCGAGAUAUGACCAGGGUUUUGAAGAAAAUGCACGAUUAUGUGGAUCCUUCAGUAUUUUAUAGUGUGACACGAAUCUUUUUUUCUGGCUGGAAGGAUAACCCAGCUCUACCAGAAGGGCUGGUCUAUGAGGGACUCUGCGAAGCGCCUCUGUCAUACUCCGGGGGAAGCGCAGCGCAAAGCACCACCCUGCAUGCCUUUGAUGAGCUCCUGGGCAUCCGGCACCACAAGGAGAGCACUGCAUUUUUGCACAGCAUGAGGGAAUACAUGCCCCCUCCUCAUCGGGCUUUCAUUGAAGAAAUCCAGGCCAUGCCUCCGCUGAGGCGCCACGUGUCUUCCUCUGGGAACGAGGGGCUCCGUUCGGCGUACAACACAUGUGUCGCUGCCCUUUCCGACUUGAGGACCUACCACAUCACCAUGGUGACCAAGUACAUCAUCAUCACAGCCCACAACACCACAGCCAGGCCAAGCAAGCCCACGUCUCUACCCAUAAGCCCCCACUCUUGCCUGGAAGGGAGAGGGACGGGCGGUUCAGGGGUGAUGAGCUUCUUGAAAAGUGUUCGAGACACGACCAGGGAAGCCAUGUUAACUCUCUAA